AUGGCACAAUUUCAUCUACCUUCAUCGCUCGAUCUGACAGACCGUAAUCUGGCAGAUAGCUUUAAGAAAUGGAAACGUCAGUUACAAGUUUAUGUGGAAGCUAGUGGGAAUAAUAACAAGCCGAAGCAGCGACAAACGGCUAUUAUAUUACACUGUGCAGGCCCGCAAGUCCUUGAGGUUUAUGAUCAUUUUGAAUUUGAAGGAGAAAAUAACAAAAAUGAUCCUGUUAAAGUGCUCGAAAAACUAGAGGAAUAUUGCAAUCCACGACAAAAUGAAGUUCUGCAAUCCUUUCGCUUCUGGCAAGUACCCUUCCAAGAACCUUUUGACACAUUCCUAACAAAGUUGUACUCUUACGCUGAUUCAUGCAAUUUCAAGGAAAAAGAAAGAAUGAUACGAGACAAGAUAGUCUUCACUGUAACCGGUAAGCAACAAGAACUGUUAUUACGAGAGACUAGUUUAGACUUAAAGAAAGCUGUAGAAAUAUGCAGAGCCAAUGAGAUCACCUCGAGAAAUAAAAAGGAAAUGAGUAAAAGCAGUCAACUACAGAAGAUUGAGCAGAUAGCUGGCAAGAAAAGCUCAAAGCAUCCAUCAAAACAACAUCCUGAACAACAAAAGAACAGGAAUAACCCUCACACCCUGAAGGAGUGCAAUUUUUGUGGAAAGUCUCAUGAAGCCAUUAAGACAAAGUGUCCCGCAUGGGGAAAACUCUGUAACCAUUGUAAAGGCAGAAACCAUUUUGAAGUCAAGUGCAAGAAGGUACACACAGUAGAGACAAAGAGCAACUUUGAUGAAUCUGAUGACUCCGAUACCAACUGGCUUGCCACUGUGGAAGUUCCCAACAAAAUCCGUGCCACUGCUCUGAUGCAAGUAAAUGACUGUGAUGUCAGAUUUCAGCUUGACACUGGAGCCGAUGUGAACACACUGUGCCAAAAGUUUGUACGACCAACACAGGUGGAACCCACCACACAGAAAUUAAUCAUGUGGAACAAGUCCAAGGUCAACCCAUUGGGAGAAACUACCUUGAAGAUCACAAACCCAAAGAAUGAAGAAGAAACCGUGGUCGAUUUUAUUGUUGUCCCAAACGAUUAUAGCUGUCUUCUGGGACUGUCAACUAUACAACAAAUGGGACUACUUACAAUCAAUGAUGGCAACUUCAUAGCCCAUAUUAGCACUGACGCUAAUCAGUUAGGAUCGUUGGGAGAAACACAACUACAUGUUGAUCCAAAUGUCCCACCAAGAGCACUUCCAUGUAGGAAACUGCCACUAGCAUUGCAAGAGAAUGUUAAGGAGGAACUUAACCACUUAGUUGAAGCUGGCAUACUGGUGCCUGUGGAAGAACCAACUGCUUGGGUAAGCCAAAUGGCAGUUGUAAAGAAACCAAACGGAUCUUUGAGAAUCUGUAUUGACCCACAACCAUUAAAUGCAGCCCUGCAAAGAGAGCACUACAAGCUACCAACACUAGAUGAUGUUCUACCUAGUUUCAGCCAAGCACGAGUAUUUAGCAAACUCGACGUGAAACAAGCCUACUGGCAUGUCCAACUGGACAAUGAAUCUAGCUUACUCACCACCAUGAUUACACCAUUUGGACGAUACAGAUGGGCCCGGCUCCCAUUUGGGCUCAAGGUCAGCAGUGAGAUAUUUCAAAGAAAGCUCAAUGAGGCACUUGUUGGUCUCAAUGGUGUGAUAUGCAUUGCAGAUGAUCUGGUUGUGUAUGGGAGUGGCAACACAAGAGAAGAAGCUGAUGCUGAUCAUGAGCAGAACCUCCUGGCACUGCAAGAAAGAUGCACAAAAAAGAGAGUCAAGCUGAAUGAUGAGAAAACUGUCCUGAAGCAGACAGAAAUCAAGUUUAUGGGCCAUCUUAUCACCAAUGAAGGAGUAAAAGCAGACAAGUCAAAGGUAGAGGCUAUCCUUGACAUGCCGGCCCCCACAGAUGUACAUGGAGUGAAGCGGCUAUGUGGAAUGAUUCAGUAUCUGGCUAAGUUUCUGCCCAACCUUGCUGGUGAUUUGCAACCCAUUCGAGAGCUGACCAAGAAGGAUGUGGAGUGGAACUGGUCAACAGAGUGAAGAAGCAUUCCAGAAGGUCAAGGAAAAGAUCACAAACACUCCUUUGCUCGCAUACUUUGAUUCGAACAAGGAGCUACUAUUGCAAGUAGACAGCAGUAAAGACGGACUCGGAGCAGCACUGAUGCAAGAUGGCAAACCAAUUGAAUACGCCUCAAGAGCACUGACUCCUGCUGAACGGAAUUGGGCACAAAUUGAAAAAGAAACCCUAGCUGUGGUGUUCGGUCUUGAACGAUUUGACCAAUAUACGUAUGGAAGAAAAGUCAUAGUACAGAAUGACCACAAGCCUCUGACCUCAAUCCUGAAGAAACCUCUGAGCCAGACCCCAAAACGACUACAAGCACUGAUGCUACGAGUUCAUCGCUAUGACAUUGAAUUUCACUACAUUCAAGGAAGUCAACUUGUUAUUGCCGACACCCUCAGCCGAGCUUUUCUUGAUGUUCCUGACGCACAGGUGAGACACCAUAUUUUGGCCCGGAAUGGCAAAAGAAGUACGACAGCUAGCAGAUAACUGUGAGGCUUGCCAGCAAUACAAACCACAAAACCAGAAAGAGCCAUUAAAACAGUAUGAGGAAGGACAAGUACCUUGGAAUAAGGUUGGAAUUGACCUUUUCGAGAUCAAAGGAAGAGAUUAUCUAGCCACGGUUGACUAUUUCUCGGGUUUCAUAGAAGUUGACCACCUAAGCACUGCCACAAGUAAACAGAUAAUCACCAAACUCAAAGGACAUUUUGCAAGAUAUAGCAUACCAAGUGAAAUGGUAACUGAUUGUGGUUCACAAUUUAUUUCCUCCGAGUUCAAGACCUUCACCAAACACUGGGGAAUUAAGCAUGUAACAUCGUCACCCCUCCAUCACCAAUCGAAUGGAAAAGCGGAAGCUGCGGUUAAAACUAUAAAGCUAAUGAUGAAUAAGUCACUGCGGGACAACACUGAUCAAUAUGAGGCUUUACUUGAACUGAGAAACACGCCACGCCAGGGUACUGGACAAAGUCCAGCUAAAAUGAUGUUUGGUCGAGCAACACAAUCAUUCCUACCAGCCAUAUCGAACACAAAAUCAGAACGGGCGAGAAAUGCAACACAGAAGAGAGCCAGACACCGCCUUCUGGUUAAGCAAAGUUAUGACAAAGGCGCUCGAGACCUGAAACAACUGUCACCUGGUCAGCCGGUGUACUACCAACACACAGAAGGAAAGAAGUAUGACUGGAGAAGAGGAAAAGUACGUGCCAAACAUAGUGAACGAUCGUAUAUCAUUGAAGGAAAGAAUGGUGUAUAUAGAAGAAACCGAGUUCAUAUACGCCCCACGACAAGUGAAGUCAACAAAGAUAACAGUAAAGACAACAAGGGAGAAGCAGAGGUACAAGCAAGACCACAACGAGCAAGACAAAAGCGGCUCAGAUUCCAGCCGUGUGUUCUCGCCACUCGCCCACUUAACGGCUGGGUCAAUGAGCUUCGGCAUUGUUCUGAUUGACCAAUCACAUUACAGCCCCCCAAAAUUUGGGGGGCAUAAAUUUGUAUUAAUAAUGCAUAAAUUUAACACAAAG